GUCCCUCCCCGCUGAAGGUGAAGCGGGCCAAGAUGGCGGUGUCGGUGGCCGGGGCCUACCUCACCCACCGACAGAAAGUGCUGCGCCUCUACAAGCGGGCGCUCAGGCACCUCGAGUCCUGGUGCAUCUACAGGGACAAGUACCGUUACUUCGCCUGCUUGAUGAGAGCCCAAUUUGAAGAACAUAAGAAUGAAAAGGAUAUGAUAAAGGCAACCAAGCUACUCAAGGCUGCCGAGGAAGAGUUUUGGCAGAGACAGCACCCUCAGCCCUACAUCUUCCCGGAUUCUCCCGGAGGCACCUCCUAUGAGAGAUAUGAAUGUUACAAGAUUCCCGAAUGGUGCCUGGAUUACUGGCAUCCCUCGGAGAAAGCCAUGUACCCUGAUUACUUCUCCAAGAGGGAACAGUGGAAGAAACUGCGUAUGGAGAGUUGGGAAAAAGAGGUGAAGCAGCUCGAGGAGGAAACUCCGCCUGAUGGUCCCAAGACCGAAGCCCUGCCCCCAGCUCGCAAAGAGGGGGAUCUGCCCCCGCUGUGGUGGCACAUUGUGACCAGGCCUCGUGAGCGCCCCGUGUAACCUCGCCCGGUUACCGACCACCACCACCCCUGCCCCCGGCGGGACCCCCUAACCGUGCAAGACCAGAAUCGCUUGCCGUAAUAAAAUCAACGUUAACUGCAGUCAUGUUUGGUGUCCUUAGGUUUUCGGGGAGGGGGAUACUUAACAAAUCUGAACAAAUACUUAACAGAUACUUAACAAAUCUGAUGAUGAUUUAUU